GCGACCCCCCCCUCCACGGCCUUUCUUAUCCCAGACGGGAGGACCCUGGGCUCCAUUCACCAGAGGCGGUCAGCAUGAUGUGGCUGUGGUGGGCGCUGGCGCUGGCGGCGGGGGUCGCGCUGCUCCUGACCAGGGUCCGGAGGCUCGUGGGCGGCGGCGGCCGGAACCCCUUCUCCGAGGACGCGAGGAGGCCUCGGGAGCCGCUGGUGACCGACCGGGACGCCCGCAAGAGGGUCCUCAAGCAAGCUUUCUCAGCCAGCCAUGUGCCAGACCGGCUGGAUGCCGUGGUGAUCGGGAGUGGUAUCGGGGGCCUGGCGGCAGCGGCCAUCCUCGCCAAAGCGGGAAAGCGAGUCCUGGUGCUGGAGCAGCACACCAAGGCAGGUGGCUCCUGCCACACCUUUGGCCAUCAUGGUCUGGAGUUUGACACAGGAAUCCACUAUGUUGGGCAGUUGAAAGAGGGCAGCUUUAACCGCUUCCUCGUGGACCAGAUCACGGAGGGGCAGCUGGACUGGGCUCCCUUGGACUCCCCCUUUGACGUCGUGGUGCUGGAAGGGCCCAAUGGCAGAAGGGAGUUCCCUAUGUAUGCUGGGGAGAAAGCCUAUGUUCAGGGCCUCAAGGAAAAGUUUCCUCAUGAAGAAGCCGCCAUUGACAAGUACAUGAAGAUGGUGAAGGAGGUAGCAAAAGGAUCCUCUCAUAUGGCCCUGUUGAAGAUCAUCCCUUUGCCUGUGGUGAGGCUGCUGGACAGCUUGGGGGUACUGGCCUUAUUCUCCCCUUUCUUGAAAGCAGCCACCCAGAGCUUAGCGGGUGUGCUCAACCAGCUGCCUGCCUCCCAGGAACUCAAAACCGUGCUCAGCUACAUCUUUCCCACCUAUGGUGUUCCCCCAGAGAAUGCCAGUUUCUCUAUGCAUGCCAUACUCAUCAAACAUUACUUUCAUGGAGGCUUUUACCCUCGGGGAGGCGCCAGUGAAAUCCCUUUUCACCUUAUCCCAGUGAUUCAGCGGGCUGGGGGUGCAGUCCUUUCUAGGGCAACAGUGGAGAGUGUGCUGCUGGACUCUGCUGGAAGAGCCUGUGGUGUCAGCGUCAAAAAGGGCCAUGACCUGGUGAACAUCUAUUCUCCCAUCGUGAUCUCCAGUGCAGGAAUAUUUAAUACCUAUGAGCGCUUGCUGCCUGAGAAGGCCCGCUGCUUACCAGGUAUACAGACCCAGCUGGGCAUGGUGCAGCACGGCUCCUCUAUACUUUCUAUCUUCAUCUGCCUCCAGGGCUCCAAGAGUGACCUGGGUCUGGAAGCCAAGAACCAUUACAUCUACUUUGACACAGAUGUAGACAAGGCGAUGGAGAGAUACCUGUCCCUGUCCAGGGACCAAGCUAUGGAACACAUUCCAUUUUUCUACAUCACAUCGGCAUCAGCCAAAGACCCAACAUGGGAGGACAGGUUCCCAGACAAAUCAACACUAAUUAUGAUGUUGCCUGCCCGCUACGAGUGGUUUGAGGAAUGGCAGGAUGAGCCCCAGGGCAAGAGAGGGAGUGACUACAAGGCCCUGAAGAACUCCUUCGUAGAUGCUUCCAUGAGUGUUUUGAUGAAACUUUAUCCUCAGUUGGAGGGGAAGGUGGAGAGUGUUUCAGUAGGGUCCCCACUGAGCAAUCGGUACUUCCUGGCUGCCCCUCGUGGAGAGCUCUAUGGGGCUGACCAUAACUUAAGCCGCCUACAACCUCGUGUAAUAGCUGCAAUGCGGACCCAGACCCCCAUCCCCAAUCUCUACCUAACAGGGCAGGAUGUGCUCACUUGUGGAUUUUUGGGGGCCCUCUAUGGGGCCAUAUUGUGCAGCAGUGCCAUCCUACAGAGGAAUUUGUACCAGGAUGUCCGGAGGCUCCGAUCCCGGGUCUCAGCUUCCCUGCCCAAGAAGAGGAAUUAGCACAGUCCAAGUGGACCCUCUGUGGCAAGGGAGUCCUUGGUCCCAAGUGAACCUGAGAGAGUAGGGAAGAUUCCAGGACCCUUGACUUAUAUAACCUGUAAUGUAACCUACUACCCACUACACUGUGCCUUGUGGAAAGGAGUAGCCACUCAAUAAAUAAUAAUCAUUUUCACAGUAA